UUUUUUUUUAUUAUGUCUGAAAACAAGUUUGUUUCUAAGUUUACAGUAACAGAAGCAGUUGCUGUUCAACAGCUUAAAGACGCUCUACCUGACAUCUUGACUGAAGCCUUUGGUUCAAGUGAUGUCUAUACUUUAUGGACUGUUCUUUUAGAUAAGAGUUCAGAAGACGACCGUAUCAAGGUCGUUCUUGUUAAAUUUCUUCGUGCUAGAAACCUUGAUAUUUCUGCUGCCAAAACUAUGCUGAUCAACACACUUAAAUGGAGAAAAGAAUUCUCAGCUGAUACUUUACUUGAAGAGACAUUUGAUGAACAAGCGUUUAAUGACAGUAUUGGUUUUCUCUACAAACACGAUAAAGAAAAGAGACCAGUCACUUAUAAUUUCUAUGGUGAUCUGAAUCAAGAAACUGUCUUUGGUGAUGUUAACAAGUUCAUUCGUUGGCGAGUUCAAUUGAUGGAAAAGGGUAUUAGAGACAUUGACUUUGUGAAUACAGAUACUAUGGUUCAAGUCCAUGACUAUAAAGGUGCUUCUAUGUUUGGACGUACUGCUAAUGCAAAAGAAGCUACCAACACCAUCAUCAAAUUAAUGCAAGACAAUUACCCUGAAUUCCUGUCUAGUAAAAUCUUUGUCAAUGUACCUAAAUGGGGAAGUAUUGUGUUUAAAUUAAUACGCCCAUUGCUUUCUGAAGCCACUGUCAAGAAAUUCGUGAUUUGUUCCAAUGAUGAACUAAGCACAACCUUGCUCCAUCAUUUUAACAAGGAAGAUUUACCACCUGUUUAUGCUAAACAAGUCUAAUGUCGCUGUGUAAUCACGAAAUCCUUUUUGGAUUUACCAACCAAGUUCAUGAAUUCUGCUGUACAACUCCAUGGAUUGUCAUCUUUUUAAAAUACUCAUUAAUCUUACUUGCACUAAAAUACUAUUUACUUACUAAUACUAUCGUCGG